CGUGCCCAAGCCUUCUGCUGGCACUGCUCCCAGCUUGGAGACUUGGCUGUGGCUGAGGUGGGUGGGUGUGGAGUGAAGAGUUGGACUGGAGCUGUGAGUUGAGGCCACCCACACUGGUCUCGGGUCUGGGAGCAGAAAGUGUGGAAGAGUUUGUAUUUAUUAGUAUUUAUUGUUGCUGGGAGCGCAGAGGGGGCUCGUGCAGAGCACCAGAGAUGCUGUGCUUGUUCUUCCCCUCAGCCCUGCCUGUACCAGGCUGCCUGUGUUCGAGCAGGGCUGUGGGGACUGUGAGGCCUCAGCCCAUGGAAGGGAGAGAGACCCAGUGCCCACACAGGGUGCAGCUCCCAGAUCAGGGACAACGCUCAGCCCAGUGACAGGCUGAGCCUCGCUGGCACCAGCUUUGCAGGGCCAGCCCAACUCCAAGAAGCUUGGGGAGGCUUGCGCUUAUCUUCUGAGUCUUUUAGGGUAAGCCAGACCCCAAGAGACCUAUGGCUGUCAAGGAAGGGGCCACUGCCAGGUUCCUGAAGGUAAGAGACACAGCUGCCACGUGGAUGGGGACCUGGAGCUCUUUGCAGGAAUAUGGGGAUAGCCCUCUGGGCAAGAGCCUCCAGAGCACGUGAGCUGUGAAUCUGAGAAGAUUGCCAAAAAAAAAAAAAAAAAAAAAAAAAAAAAAAAGGAACUUUGCACUGUCUGUGGCUGGGGGUGAAUCCUGUGCAGGAGGCAGCUUUGGGCAGGGUCUGCUGGCAGGGUGAUUGGGGGCUGGAGGAUGGUCAGGAGCCCCAGCUUAGAAAAAUAGGGAAACGGGGAAGCAACAGAGGAAAUCAAACUCUGGGAGUUGGGUUGGUUCCUCAGGAGCGGGACUGGGAGAAUCCCGACCGGGGCAGUCAGAGGGACAGGGCCAAGGGCAAACCAAGCUUGCACAUUCCCUGUCUGUAUCACCUCCCUGCCCUCUGAGGGGCUCGGCAAGGCUCCCCUGCCAGCCCAGGCUGUGGGGAUCCUCAGCCCCUCCAUCAGCGAGAGCAAGAGGGGGGCAGGCCCGACCCCACCAACUCCCACCCCUGGGGCUGACACUCAGUGUGGGGUUCGCCAGGACUGGGGGCUGUGGGGGCGAGGUCCUGCCCGGGGGCGGCCGAGGGGCUCCGGCCCUGCUGCUCUGGGUUCAGGCAGCCUGAGCCUGCCCGUAUACCCACAGUGGGGCCUGAACCCCCAAAGGGAGGCUUUGAACCCCUCACACCGGGGCCGCUCCCCCAAACAGGGGCCCUGGAUCCCCCAGACCGUGGAUCUGAGCCCCCCUCACACCGGGGCCGCUCCCCCAAACAGGGGCCCUGGAUCCCCCAGACCGUGGAUCUGAGCCCCCCUCACACCGGGGCCGCUCCCCCACUGCCCUGGCCGGCGGCUCUCGGGGGCCGCCAUGACACCGGAGACCCCCUCGCCCCCAGGUCACCGGGGCUGCCCUUCUCGCCGUGGCCCCGCGGGCUCGCGAAGGCCGUGCCGGUACUUUUCGUGUUUGUUUCUAAUUUAAUAAACGUCCGUUUGGAGCUCCAGAACGAGAGCGGGGCUGCCGCGCCCCGAGGGGGGGCGGUGCAGAAUGGCGGGCGGGCGGAACCGGGGGCCGCGGCCGGAGGAGCCGGAGGGAGCGAUCCGGGCGGCGCACCCGGAAGCGGCGCGGCGCAGGGGCCUUGCGGGAGCGGCGGCGCCGAGCGCGGCGGGCGGAGCGGGCGAUGCUGUCCCGGGCGGGGAUCCGCGCCCGGCCCGGCCUCGGGCUGCUGCAGCACUCGCAGCAGCUGAAGCGCGCGGCGCGGCUGGCCCCAGCUCCCUGCCGCUGGAACUCCGGGCUGCCCAUGAACAUCGGGGUGCUCUUUGUGCCGCAGCAGGAGGCCUGGGUGGUGGAGAGGAUGGGCAAGUUCCACCGAAUCCUCGAGCCUGGUUUGAACUUCCUCAUCCCUCUCCUGGAUCGGAUUCGUUACGUCCAGAGUCUCAAGGAAAUCGUCAUUAAUGUCCCAGAGCAGUCAGCUGUCACACUGGAUAACGUCACCCUGCAGAUCGAUGGUGUGCUCUACUUGCGGGUUAUGGACCCCUACAAGGCCAGCUAUGGCGUGGAAGAUCCUGAGUAUGCAGUGACCCAGCUGGCCCAGACUACCAUGAGAUCUGAACUUGGCAAACUUUCCCUCGACAGAGUCUUCCGGGAGCGGGAGUCCCUCAAUGCCAGCAUCGUGGAUGCCAUCAACCAGGCUUCAGACUGCUGGGGCAUCCGGUGUCUGCGCUACGAGAUCAAGGACAUCCACGUGCCCCCACGUGUGAAGGAAUCCAUGCAGAUGCAGGUGGAGGCAGAGCGACGGAAGCGAGCAACAGUGCUGGAGUCAGAGGGGACAAGGGAGUCAGCUAUCAACGUGGCUGAAGGCCAGAAGCAGGCCCAGAUCUUGGCAUCAGAAGCUCAGAAGGCCGAACAAAUCAACAAAGCUGCUGGAGAAGCCAACGCCAUGCUGGUCAAGGCCAGAGCCAAGGCAGAGGCAAUUCAGCUCCUAGCAGCUGCUCUGGCACAGCAGCACGGCAAUGCUGCUGCCUCCCUGUCUGUGGCAGAGCAGUACGUGAACGCUUUCUCCAAGAUUGCCAAAGAAUCCAACACCGUCCUGCUGCCCGCCAACACCGGCGACGUCACCAACAUGGUCGCACAGGCCCUGGGGAUCUACACCACACUGACCAAGCCACAAGCUGUGAAGACCCAAGAUGAGGUGCCCCCAGCCCACGAGGAAACCCCCUCUCCUGCCACGGAGGUGCUGAAGGCAGAGCAGGGCAGCUCCAGCUAACAGGGCUGGAAGGAUCUCAUACCCUCUCCCGAGGCCUGCCAGCAGUCCUGUUCUGCUGCAGGCAGUCGCUCUUGUUCCCUUAGUCCCUAUUUUGUAUUGGAUUUAAAUCAUGUAAUAAAUGGUAACAGUGCUGCUGCAGCACCUUCCCUCGUG